AAUGAAAAUAGGUAAGCAAAGCUUUUCUAUCCCACUCGAGUGAGAAGAUUUCUAGCAUUAUGGGGAACCAUAAUUUUGCUAGAUGGUUUGUCCUUCUCCUCCACUUAGGAAGUCUUCUAUCUUCUGUAGCAUGUCCUUAUUGCCCAUACCCAACCCCUCCACACAAACCACCACACAAGCCAAAGCCUCCGGCUGUAAAACCACCUUAUACACCAAAGCCUCCUGCUGUGAAACCACCACACAAGCCAAAGCCUCCGGCUGUAAAACCACCAUAUACACCAAAGCCUCCUGCUGUGAAACCACCACAUAAACCAAAACCUCCCAUUGUAAAACCUCCAAUAAUAGUGCAUCCUCCAUAUAUCCCAAAACCUCCCUUUGUGCACCCACCUUUCAGACCAAAGCCACCAAUUAUCAUACCACCACACCCUCCCAUUGUUAAACCACCACCCUUCAUUCCUAAGCCACCAGUUGUGCUGCCACCUUAUGUACCAAAGCCACCUAUUGUUAAACCACCGCCCUAUGUGCCAAAGCCACCUGUGGUGUUGCCACCUUAUAUACCAAAGCCACCUAUUGUUAAACCACCACCCUAUGUGCCCAAGCCGCCUAUUGUUAAACCACCACCUUACGUGCCAAAGCCACCUGUGGUGUUGCCACCCUAUGUGCCAAAGCCACCUAUUGUUGAACCACCACCCUAUGUGCCAAAGCCACCCGUCAUUUCCCCACCAUUUGUGCCAAAGCCACCUGUGGUGUCGCCACCUUAUGUACCAAAGCCGCCAGUUGUUGUAACUCCACCACCAUAUGUGCCAAAGCCACCUGUGGUUUCACCACCAUUUGUGCCAAAGCCACCUGUGGUGUCGCCACCAUAUGUACCAAAGCCACCUGUUGUUGUUACUCCACCACCAUAUGUGCCAAAGCCACCACCAACUCCCCAACCAACCCCUUGCCCACCACCCCCACCGACUCCCGUGCCAUGUCCACCGCCACCAAAGAAACCGGAGAUUUGCCCAAUUGAUACCCUCAAACUAGGUGCUUGUGUGGACUUGUUGGGCGGCCUUGUGCACAUUGGAAUUGGAAGCAAUGUUAAGAGCACUUGUUGUCCGGUUUUAGAAGGCUUGGUGGACUUAGAUGCAGCUGUAUGCCUUUGCACUACUAUCAAGGCCAAGCUUCUAAACAUAAAUAUCCUUAUUCCCAUUGCCCUUGAAGUGCUUGUGGAUUGUGGAAAAACUGCACCACCAGGAUUUCAGUGCUCUGCUGACUAAGAGAUUCAAGGACUGAGCUUUUGGUUGAACACGAGCUUGAAUAAAUGGAAACAGCCGUAAAGUUCUCUUCAAUGCGUUAUUCAUCUGUUUGCGUUGCAUGUUAUUGUGGUCUGCAGCUGGAAAGUGCAUGAGAAUCCGGAAGAAAAUCAGGUUGCCAACUGCAGGAACAAAUUCUCAACCAAUAAGAAGCAAUUUGUAUAUUUUUCAGAAUUUCGAAAUGUGCCUUUUUUGUCUUUUAUGUUUGGAUGAUCUUUUCUGUUUGUCUUGUUUUUGUAUGGAGUUAGUAAAUGUGCUGACACAGUACUUUUGCUGGGAGUUGUUGCUAUUUGCCAAGGUCAGUGAUCUUUUGUAUGCAUCA